AUGCACAACACCUGUACUUGCCUUACCGACUUUGACAAGCUAUUUGAAGAUGAAUGUGAUGCAUCAAUCGUUGGGAUAGGAGUUGUGUUAUCUCAAGAAGGGAAGCCUAUGGAACUUUUUAGUGAAAAGCUCGGAGAAGCAAGACAAAAGUGGUCAACAUAUGAGUUGGAGCUUUAUGCUGUCUUGAAAGCCCUCAAGGUGUGGGAGCACUACCUGAUCCAAUGCGAGUUUGUCCUCUAUAUCGACCAUCAAGCAUUAAAGUUUAUCAAUAGUGAAAAGAAUCUGAAUCUGAUGCAUGCUUGGUGGGUUUCUUACUUCCAACAGUUUACUUUUUCUCUCAAGCAUAAGUUAGGAAAACUGAAUCGUGUAUCUGACGCUUUGAGCUGCCGAGCUACCCUGUUGAUCACCAUGAAAGCUGAAGUGAAUGGAUUCGAGUGCCUAAAAGAGUUAUAUGAGGAAGAUGAAGAUUUUGGGGAAACCUGGAAGCGUUGCAAGGCAGGGCAAACAAUUUCCGAGAUACAUAUUCAGGAAGGGUAUUUAUUUCGUGGGAAUAGGCUGUGCAUUCUGAGGAGUUCCUUAUGGGAACAAAUAAUUCGAGAAUUACAUGCUGGAGGUUUGUCAAAGCGGCAUCUUCAGGCCGUUGCUCCAGAACAGCAAUAUCAGGUUGAGCCACCUCCUCCGAAGAGUUAUGACUUUUCAACUCUUCUCAGUGAAUUUAAAAGCCAAGUGGAGGACAGUAAUCAAUUGCUGCAAUCCAUCACCAAGAAAGAAGCUCUCGAAGAGGAGAAAUCUCGCAUCUAUUGGACUCAACAAUACGAAGAGGAGCCACCUCCUCCGAAAAGUUCUAGCUUUGAACAAAAGGUGUCAGCUAUUCUCAGCUAA